AUGUUACGAAAUAAUGAAUUAAAACCUACAUCUGAUAUAUGUGAAAUUGAUAAAGUUAUACAACAGAGUACAAUGAAUGUAACAAGUCAUGAACAAAUACGACAAUUCGAUGGCAAACGAUAUUGUUUUCAUCGAGUUAUACUUGAUGAUCAUAUACAAUUUCCUGCUGGAAUAAGUCAAAGUCCUAGUGAAGCACGACGACUUGCUUAUCGACAUAUGAUCGAUGUAUGUUUAAAUGAAGGUGGUGUUAAAAUGAAAAUGUUAACUGGUACUCGAGUUAAAGUUGUUAAAGGACCAAAAUUAGAAGAAAAAAAUCGUCAUAAUACAGAUGACUUAGAUAUGAAUGGUAUACAACUCGGUUUUCAAACAAGUACAACUAAUGAUGAAUCAAUUACUUCAUUAACUAAUGAAUAUAGUACAAAAUCUUCUCAUGGUAACAAUUCAUCAUCAUCAUCAUCAUUUUCAACAUUAUUUUCAACGUUAACGUCACCAUUUCGACCACGUUAUAAAACAUUUAUAUCAUAUAAAAAACAUCCAAAUGGAAUAAUUAAACAAGAUAAUAAUCAUUCAAUUUAUCAUCAACUUGAUAUUCAUAGAAUAAAUGAUGAAAAUAAUAAUGAUACAAAUAAUGCUACAAAUCAAAAUUCUAUACUUAUUAAUAUAGAUCCUGACUAUUCAAAUCGUUUACUAAUACCUCAUGUUGAGAAAUAUUCAAUUUUUUUAAUUUUAAAAGAAAAUAUUCUUUGGAUAAUUUUAGCAAGUUUACUUUAUUUCCUAUGGUUUAUAUUUAUUGCUGGUAUUUCAAUAGUACAUAUUUUAAUUUAUUUAAUUUUACUUAUUUUUUUUAUUAUAUCCGAACGUACAAGACGUUUUGCAUUAGCAGCAUUAAUCUAUUUGACAUAUUUACUUUUAUAUGAUGCAUUACAUUUAGUACCAAAUUAUACGGUAUCAAAUAUUCAUAUAGAAGAUAUUUAUUUAAUAGAAAAAAAAAUAUUUGGAAUUGUUAAAAAUGGACAUAUGAUGACAUUAAAUGAAUAUUUUCAAGAAAAUCACAUACCAUUAUUAGAUGUAUUUACAGGACUUUGUUAUCUUAAUUGGUAA